UCUUAUUGUAGAGAUCCUCCGCAUCUAUCAUGGUUGAAACGAUGCUUCGCGCCAGAGACUUCAUUGCCAGACUAUCAACUCGAUUGAAGUCUUCUCAGGGCCGGCAAUACUGCAACACCCCCACCACCACCGAAAAGAAAAGCAAUAGCGAUAAGCUUGACCCUAAUGCGAGCGGUUACAGUGAAGCGUAUAAGAAGCUGGACAAUCUCGAUUUCAUGACUGCAUCCAAGAUUCUUUUUACCGACCCACCUAAGAAAAAGAAAUUUGGGAUUGAUUUCCAUUUGGUGCAGUUAUUCUUCGCCUGUCUGCCUUCAUUUGCUGUAUAUUUGGUUGCUCAAUAUGCUCGACAUGAGAUGAGGAAAAUGGAUGCGGAGCUUGAGAAGAAAAAGAAGAAAGAGGAGGAGAAAGCUAAAGAGAUGGAGUUAAAUGCCGCUAAAGAAGAAGAAGCCAGGUCUGAUUCAAAGCUUCUGGAGGUGAAAGUAAGACUGGAUAAAUUAGAGGAGGUUGUAAAGAAAAUUGCAGUUGAAACAAAGAAACAAUUGCGCGACAGCACAACCAAAAACCAGAAAGAUGGUGGCGAAAAGAAGCACCCCGAAAGAGUUGAAUCCGGAAAUAUAGCGAGUAGAUCAGAAUCAACCAUUUCUGUGAAAUCCGAAGAACUUACUCCAGGCCUUGAUCAAGGAAAGGUAAGUGGAGUAUCGCCGCAACCCGAUGCCUCCUAGCAGAAUUGAAAGGAUAAAAUCCAUAGUGAAGGUCCUUCUUAUGGUACCAAUAAGAGAUGAAGAAGUCUCUUGUGCAUAUAGAGCUUGUGUUCAUCAGAUGUAUGCAAGUUUUUCUUCCCCAUAGUCCAACCUUUGAUUUGCAAUUUUUUAGACUGCAAGAAGGGGCAUUAAGCUGCUGAUAGGGGAGGCUCUUUGCACUGUGUC